GUUUUUGCUUACCUCCAUCGCGUCCUCAUUGUCUUGUCAUGUCGCGUCGCGGCGUCGCGCACAGUCGCUUGGACCAUCCUCACGGAACAUACACAAUAUAUCCGUCAUACCUUUGAAUGCGUACAGAGAGAUGGGCAUCCUGUUAAAAAAAAUCGGAGUUUUUCAUUCGGAGUCUUUCAUUGGAGCGUACCCCGUUGCCGAGUGGUAAAGCACGCUCGAGGUCAUGGUCUGGUAAGCGGUUAUCAUCGCUGCAAAUCCCCCCUCCCCGCCUUCCGCUCUCUUCCACGAUGCUCUGCACGAAGUGUGCCACUACAUUUCCUCUCCUCGAGGGCUCCGAUGUAUGCAACCUAUGCCUCAAAAUCACCCCCGGGAUGACGGAGACUGAAGAACGCAUUGUCCGCGAUCAGAAACACUGUAAAGGGUGCUCUAUGGUCUUCACGCACCUCCUUCAGCCUCUGUGUCAGAAGUGUCUGAUGACGCUUGUCUCUGCAGAGAGCAUUCCCCGCACGAUCCUUUUCAUCGAGGGUGCAGCUGCCCAGAUACACGCCUUACAGACCGCUGUUGAUUCUGCUGCCGACCUCCUCCAAAUCGCCGUCCAGCAUAAGAAUGUGGCAUCGGAACCUCGUCUCGGUAUCCUACCUCGGACUGGCAUGAACGCCAACUUGCUCCGCACUCCAAAUGCGGCUGCUGCUGUCGCUUGCACCACUACGAUGUCGACAUCAAGCCAGUCCAGCACGGCCCGGUCUACGACGCUUCAAGCCCAACGUGACAGAGGGAGGGCCAUCACCAUCGUAGUUGGAUUAGCAACGUCGUUUUCGCAAGAUCCUAGCAAGACAGCAAAAGCUAUCUCGAGUGUGCGCCUUCUUGUUGAGGUAGGGCCCAAAACUCCGACAUUCAACGCGUUCGCGAAAUGCCUCGACCAAGUCAAUUCUGCUUUGGCUUCGACUGACACGUUUCCCAAUGCGCUACAUAUCACACGAGACAAAGUCGCCUUCUUCUUUGUGGAGAGCGCGACAAAAUACUUCAUGAUCUCAACGAAGGAGAUUUCGGAGCUCACAAUCGAGGAACUUAUUGCCCAAUACUCGGCCCUUCUUCAAGUUGGAAUCAAAAGCAGGGACACGAAGCGGUGUGAGAUCAAGCUUGUUGUGCCGGAUACUCUCAUUUACGGCGAACAUGGCUACAAAGGCACCCGAUCCUCCGACAAAAGGUCGCUAGUGUCGUCUACGAAGGUGUCCAAGGCCAAGACCCGGAGCGCAAGUGCCGCUACUGGCUCGAGCACCGCUGGUGCCGCUCAAGCUUCCACCUCGGCCACGGGUGGAAGCUCCGCAGUAUCCGCUGCCUCGGGGAAGCGCAUCAGUUUGUGGCCCACCUCCCACUUCCUGCGCUUAGUGUCCCCCGACGUAGGCUUUAUCAAGUACCGGUUCAGAGCUUACCGGAUCGAGCUGGAUGGAAUGGCUGUCAGGUUUCAACGACCUGAUCCGAAUGGCCCUUUGGGAACAAUCCUGGUUAUGGCAGAUUGGAAACGCGGGUCGCAGCUCGAGCAGAUCGGGGACAAAGAUUAUCUCAAGACUGGCUUUUUGGGCCGUGGCAGCUCAAAGCACGGAAUCUAUGCACGGAUCAAUGGCAAAGAGUACUCGCUCAACCAAAGCUUCCAUGAGGAUGGCGCUAUGACUGAAGUCGAUAAUCGGAACAUACUCAUGGAUGAGCUGCGCAACACACAGCGCGGAUACCUGCUGCUCCAGCAGUUCCAUGAGCUGCUAGCGGAGAAGAAAGUCAGAGCACCUCGGUUUGCCUUCAACCAUGAGGGAUCCCUGAUCGGAGAAUUACUGCCCUUGGAGGACGCUUCCCGGCUUCAAGACAAGCUGCCAUUCUCGAAUUUCUUGGCUACACCGUAUCUACCUGUCGGCACUGCGGAGGCCAAGAUCGAGAAGUUCACCGGCGGAUGGGACUGUGGCAGUCCUCCAAACGAUCGGCUUACUGCCAUAAUCCAUGCGUUUACGCACUGGAUGAUUGUCUAUACAGGCAAACAGUUCGUUCUUACAGACCUGCAAGGGAUGUAUGACGAGCAUAAUGUGAUGAAGCUCAUGGAUCCUCAAUCACACUCGUCAGAAAUUGAUCGAGACAAACGGCCAUUCUGGGAUCUCGGACCCACAGCUGUCGAACAUGUCCUCGACCACCAUCUUGAGUCCUGCGACUCGAAUGACUUUUGUGUGAGACUGGGUUUGAAAACCAUUGAGUAUGGCGGCGAACAGGAAGCGAAAGAAGACACAGGCGGUCGGGGCAGAGCACUUUCUGUGACGCUCUCGCCACGUGCAAACCGCCACACAAAGAAGCCACGCCAUGCAUCUUCGGAUGACUCCUCCGAUGAGGACCAGUCCCCGGCUCCAAAGGAAACCAGACGGCGUGGGCCUAUGUCUCUUGGUAAUCUGCUUACAUCGUAGAAUAGACAUGUGAAUUUGUGAAACGUAAACCCUAAUAGUACUCAUUGUCUCUAUUA